AUGAUAAUUGCAUAUCUAAGAAUAGAAAAAAAUGAUCGGGAGCAAUAUGGUCGGAGAAAUACCCUUGAAGUAUACGGUGUUCCGGAGUUGCAGAACGAGGAUGUGCAGAGUCGAAUACUGGGGAUCGGUAAAGCAUUGGAUGUGAAGCUGGACCGCAGAUCGAUCGAUGCAUGUCAUCGCCUCCCCAGAAGAAGAGACAACACCGCGCCCGGCAUCAUUGUUCGUUUUGUCUGUCGAGGAAAUAAGGAUGCCUUGCUCAAAAAGAGGAAAGAAUGUAGAGACUUUUCAACUCAACAUAUCAACAUGCAGGGAAAUAGUCCAAUCUACAUAAACCAAUCUAUAACGGCGGAGAGACGUAAGCUGUUCGGCAGAGCCAAGAUGAUACAACGGGAGAAUGGGUUUCGACAUGUGUGGAUCGACCGAGUGGACCGAAUCAAAGUCAGGUACGAGGACGGCGGUCCUGUUAAUAUUAUCAGGUGUGAGGAGGACCUCAACAAGCUCACAAAUAGAAAUAAGGACAAUGUCGGUGUAAGUAAAAAAUAA